AUGGACCAGCUCCCUGCACCAACGAUUAAGCUCAGUUUCUUCCUCACUGAUAUUUAUGAGCAAUAUGUUUUAUUGUCUGAUUUUGACGAUCCAAUCGUUGUUUCGGAGGAGACCUUUCUUAUAGACGAAAGAUGCAUUGAGGUAGCUGCCUGUGAUUAUGAAGAAUCGAUAUGCGAGCUUCUAUGCGAGACCUUGACCGCCAUGGGAGUCUCAGAAGACAACCAUGAGCGUAUUGGGAGACAAGUUGAUUUUGAAGUUCAGCAUAGGCUUGAAACAAGUCGUGGCACUGACACCGCAACAAUUGUAAUACCUACACGAAUUUCAAGAACUUUCUCUGAAGAAUAUGAAGAUGGGGAUGCUGGUCUGCGCCAGCCAAUUCCUGCGUCAAAAUCAUCCAUUGAUGGGUUAGCAAGAAUUGUUUUUCAUGUUGGGGUCCAGGAUCCUGGGAUCUGUACUGUUUGCUUGAAAGAAUUUGAGGAUGGAGAUGAUCUGAUUCAGAUGCCAUGUUCCCACCUUUAUCACCAGCAUUGCAUUGUUGAAUGGCUUAUGUCCAGCCACCUUUGUCCGCUUUGCCGCUAUCAGAUGCCCACCACUCAGCUCUGCGAGGACUUGCCACAACUCCUUGUCCCAGGAUCAGAACUUAAUUAG